UGGGUUGUUUUUAUAACCCGGGGCUGGUUUUUGGAGUAUAAAUAUGACAGACCUGGCAUCCCUGUCCGCCGCAACAGAAUCUACGCAGUGCUCUUCUUCAAAUCAGUUCACUAAAUAAUGGGACCCACUCCUACACCAGAGAGGAAGUGUGCACGCUUGGAGAUCAGCGGUGGGAAAUCCGCCAACAUCAAGCCACGCAAGACAUCUCAAGGAAGAUUUCAUCAAAUCAUUGUUGAACAUUCGCAGAGAAAAACAUCAAACUUGACUGUAUAUAAGGUGCCGAAUAAACGAGACAAAACCUUUCACAUGGCGUUCUGCUUUGAGCUGAAAAAGAAGAAGUAUUUUCCUGUAGUGGAGGAGGACUCGGAGAAAAAACUUAAGUUAAAGAUACAGGCACAGAGUGAGCCCAAAAUGUUCAGCAACAGAUUCCUGUUCAGGUGGGCUCAGCAUAACAAAGAAUAUGGAAGCCUGUGCUCAGUGGUAGAUCCUAGCCAGUAUCUGCAUGUGCUUGACAAAGAUGUCGUCCUUAUGCCCAAACCAUAUUGUGGUUUCAGAGUCCAGUUUCUUGACUCUAACAAUCGUAAACCGAAACGCUCAGUGCGCAGAAUAAUGGAGAAAGGGGAGGGCACAAAGGACACGCAAGGAAUGCAGUGCGGAGGAAGGCCCUGCAGUGCAGGGGCAACGGGGAAAGGACGGAAAACAAGCGAGAAGAAGAAAUGCAUGUUGUGAUCACAGUCAAAUUCAAGAGUAUUUUGUGUUCUGUAGACCUUUUAAAACACUUUCAUAUUUGCAAAUGUGGACGCAUAAGUAGCAGAGUUUUAAAACUACCAGUGUGAAAAGGAACAAUGGCAGCAAAUGCAGUUCGCAAUCACUAAACGCAGAAGUGGAUUUGCAUUAAGCCACUGGUGCAGGAAGGUAGAGUUCUUGCUUUCUUGGUUCACUUGUAGUCAGCAAGGUCACUUGACCUUUUUGAUGUUUAUUACAGGUCAUUUUUACAGGUCAAUAUAAAGAUCUUAUAUUGGAUUUGUAAUGUAUACUCACAGUAUGACAUUGUAUAUACAUUAGACUACAUUAGUACACAUGUAUAGAUAUGAUUAUACUACAUUAGUGUACUCAAUUUCCUGCUUGUUUUAUUAAAUGGAUUGUCUGAAAAUAAUGGAUAAAUAAGUCUCCUAACCACCUCUUUGGCCUUGUCAUUAUGCAUUCAUAUCAAUAUUACUAUACUGUAGUUCACUGCUGUCUUUAUAUUCUUGUGUAUUCAAUGUCUAUGCUGAUACUGAACCACAUGUAUGAUCAAUUAUAUGGAAUAUGAUUUAUAUGAUCAUGAAUUAUAUAUGUACCAGGUAUAAAGGAAGGGUUUGUGUUUAGCUCAUUUGUUAGGGUUUUUUUUCUUCCUUUUAUCAUUAUAACAACAAUAAUAAAGCAGUUAUAAAAUUGUA